GUAGUACAAUUUCUGGCGUUACGUUUAUAUUUGUCCGACGGUUUCAGGAGUGUCACAUGAAGUCGCGUAAGGUGCGAUGCCUGAGACAAACCACAGAGCUGAGUGUCUCUUCAGAUUCUGAGGAGGAUCGUCUCGAAGAUUCUACUGCACCUGUUGUUGCAGACUCCACAGUAGUUGUGGAAGCAAUAAGAGAAUUGCAAAAACUAAGGAAACGACCAGCUGGAGUAAGCUUGUCUGCACUAGCCACUGGUAAAGAAGUUCCAGAUCUCAAUCUAACAAUCGCCAACGACCCAUUUAGACUUAAGACUGGUGGUCUAGUUGACCUAAACAGUAUUUCAUCUGCUAAACAAUCCGAAGAGGACGAUGACGUUGAAGCUCGUCUAGCCAAAACGUUCGCCACAGAAACUAAUAAGAGAGAUGAAGAUGCCGAAAUGAUCAAGUACAUCGAGGAGGAAGUAGCCAAACGAAAGGGAUUAAUUAAACCCUCCACCCUAGACCGGGAUGAAGAUUCAGACUUACUACAGGAUGUUCCUGAGUAUCUCAAACCUUCAAUUGGUCAACAGAAGGAAGACAUGUUAUCCAACCAAAUGUUAUGUGGUAUCCCUGAAGUUGAUUUGGGUGUAGAAGCGAAAAUGAAAAACAUAGAAGCCACAGAAGAAGCCAAGCAAACACUUUUUAGAAAAAGAUUAAGUCGCAAACAUGGUUAUUCAACAGAUCACAUAGCACCAAGUAGUAUGGCAGUCAACUUCGUUCAGCACAGUCGGUGGAAUAGUUACACAAAUGGAAUCAGUAAAAGAGCUGAUUUGAACAACGAACGAGAACUCAGCCACAUAGCCAAUAAUAAUACAAGCAAGCUGGAAUCAACGAAAAAUAAUCCGAUGUCUCCUCAAAGGGAAAAUCGUCGUUUAGAUAAUAGCCGACCACAUAUUCGUAACGAAAAAUCCACAGAUAAUAUUGCACUUCAACGAUUCAAAAACUAUAUGCGCGAUAAAAGACGUCGGUGAUGAUUUUAUUCCCUCCUAUUUUUUUAUCUUGACAGGACAAUGUUUCUUCUUUUUUAGUGAUAUUAUGUUUUAAGGUAUAUUGUAUAAUUCAAAUGUACAUUGUAAAUAUGAUUUAUUACUAUUAUUAUGACUAUUACUAUCGUUGUUUAAUGUUUGUUUCCUAAAAAGUGCUCAGUUGUGAAGUGACUGAUUUAUUAUGGUAUCAAUCAUUGUGCUUAUUAGCUUAGCGAUGGUAUCAUCUAAGGUUAUUGAGAACUAUUAUUUCAGCAAUCCCAUAGAAUAUUGGUUACAAUAAGUACUUUAGACAACAAAUCUAGCUAACCGUUUACAAUGCAUAAUUAUGAUUGUCAACUUCUCUUGCCAUUGAAAAAUCCAUUGCAUCGUACAACACACACUUAAAACUAGGAAGUAGUAAAAUUCAGCAAUUCAAAUGGUAUGAAGUAAAAAAGUAAAACAUACUAUGAAUAAAAAACUCGAGUAUCUCAGUAAUCCAUGUAUGUGUAUAAUAUUAAUUCAACUAACUUAAAUUACACUAAAAUCGUAUGGCUGUAUAUCCGUAUGUUAUACAAAUAAGUCAGUCGAACCUUUUCAUGGAAUUCGUUCAAAUGCCAAAACGACAAUAAAGAGUUGGGAGGGAUGACAUCACUCUUUUUUAAAAUGAGGCUUGUCGAGAAAGUAGCCUCCAAACUAUCCAGAAGUAUAUCUAUUAGAAAAACAUUUACAAUGGACAAUACCUUUCACAAAUUUUGUUUUGUAGUGUGAAAACAUUAUUUCGGUGAAACUCUACUAUGAUGCAAUUAUUGGGCUAAAUCCAGUUUGUUUCAUUAAAAAACAUUGGUAAUCAAUGCCUUUUGAAGUAAUGGUGGUAAAAAAGUUUGCGUAAUUAUGAGCACAAUCCUGUAUGUUGGGUUUAAAAACUUAUAUUCCCUCAUGUUAGAUAUUUCCUUUGUAAUUAUGCAAUAAAAUUAACUGAAAUGUUACAGAAACUUCUUCAAAACUUUCCGAUUUCACUCCCCUCACAAUUUACUUUUCUUUAGUGAAUUUCGUAAUUCCUAAUUCUGUUAAAAUAUUAGAUUCAUCAAAAUUAUUAGCUUGCAUGUUGUUAAAGAAAUAUAAUAAAUUCAUCGUAUUCG